AUGCUUGUGGUCCUGCUCACUGUGUCCUUGCUGGUCCUGAGCUCAGUUUUGAGCUCAGAUGAAGAGGUUGAGGACUCAGGUGAGUUCCUAGUCCUAGCUCAGAAGCCACAUGGACCACCUCAUGGAGGACGACCACCCAGACCUCCUGCUGGUAAUGGAUCAGAGUUUCAUCCACCACAGCCUGAAGGACCACCAGAAGGAGGAAAUCAGUCACAACCUGGUCCUCCACACCCACAAGGACCACCACAGGGAGGAAACAACAGUGAGUUCCUGCUUCUAGCUCAGAAGUCCCAUGGACCACCUCAUGGAGGACGACCACCCAGACCUCCUGCUGGUAAUGGGUCAGAGCCUCAUCCACCACAACAUGAAGGACCACCAGAAGGAGGAAAUCAGUCACAACCUGGUCCUCCACACCCACAAGGACCACCACAGGGAGGAAACAACAGUGAGUUCCUGCUUCUAGCUCAGAAGUCCCAUGGACCACCUCAUGGAGGACCACCACCCAGACCUCCUGCUGGUAAUGGGUCAGAGCCUCAUCCACCACAACAUGAAGGACCACCAGAAGGAGGAAAUCAGUCACAACCUGGUCCUCCACACCCACAAGGACCACCACAGGGAGGAAACAACAGUGAGUUCCUACUUCUAGCUCAGAAGUCCCAUGGACCACCUCAUGGAGGACGACCACCCAGGCCUCCUGCUGGUAAUGGGUCAGAGCCUCAUCCACCACAACAUGAAGGACCACCACAGGGAGGAAAUCAGUCUUGGCCUCGCCCAACUCCACCUGAAUGA